AUGUACUCUUCAUUUGUCCGCCUGCAGAAUGUCUUUGGCUUCUUCACCACCAUCGUGACGAUCCUCGGCAGCCUCAUCGCAGCUACUGACCUGCUGCAUGCACGCACGCCCAGCGCCACCGUGCGGCCGGCGGGUCUGCAGGUAGUUCGUGGCCGCCCACACUACUACAGCAAGAAGAACGAAGAGUACGCCGUGGUACGCUUCCACCUGGACGCGGACCUGUCGUCGCUCUUCACGUGGAACACCAAAGAGGUGUUUGUCUACGUGACGGCCGAGUGGGAGGGCGCUAACAGCAGCGACACCAACACGGCCGUCAUCUGGGACAGCAUCAUCACGAGCCCCAGCUCCGACUACCUCGCCAACAUCGGGCCCGUGGCCAUGCGGAAGCUGCGCAAGAGCGCCGCGGGAAAAUCGAUCGACCCGAGCCGCGGCAUCAUCCACCUCAAGAACCAGAAGCCCAAGUACCAGAUCACCCACCCGAGCGGCAAGAUCGCCGAGACGGAAAAGGUUCGCUUGCGCCUGCACUACAACGUCCAGCCGUGGGUCGGCAUGCUGUCGUGGAACCAGGAGGCAUCAGACGCAGACAGCAGCAGCAGCAGUGACGGUAUCUGGGCAUGGGUACCCCGUCAUGGCACGGUCCAGUCGCCGCUGUGGGCAUCGAUAGAUGGCGGCAAGAGCGAGUCGUUUGCGCUGCCCGCAAUUGUGGGCAAGAAGAAGACUACCACAAACAGCUCUUAA